UAUAAAAAAAACCUUAGGUCUUGCCCUUGUUGACAUUUACCAAACACAAUUUGAAACUCUGUUUUGCAAUUUCCCAUGUUUGCUUUCCUCUUUCAUUUUUCACCAUCGAAGUGCAAAAAUAAGCUAAGCCAAGGCUGCACAGAAGAGCUUUGCUAUAAUUUUGAGAGGCAUUCUCCAAUUUUUCUAUUCUUAGUUUUGUUUUUUCUUUUUUUGUACCUCUCUCUCUCUCUCUCUCUCUCUCUCUCUCUCUCUAGCUUGAAUUAGGGUUUAUGAGUUGGAAAAGAUCACUUUUUUCAGCUUAGAUUUUCUUGGGGAAACUCGGAUUUUUUUUUUUCUCGUUUUUCUCGCACUUUCUUGGAUCUCUUCAACCAUGUCGUCAAUGUAAGUGAUUCCCUCUUCGCUAUCUCUUCAAUUACUUAGCGGCCCACUCUCUGUUCUUCAAUCCCAAAUGUUCUAACUUUGAUUCUGCUUUGCAAUUUUGAAUUCUUAAGCUUCACAUGCACAGACCCAUUUAGGUAUUAGUUUCUGAUUAGGGUUUUGCUUCUUUCUUUUCUUCUGGUUGCCCAUUUUCAAAUUCCUGUGUUUUAUAUUCAUUAAUUAUGAGAAAUGCCUAUGUUUUGAGCUAUUUCUAGGUAUAAAGUUUGGCUAUUGUUUAGGAAAUUUGGGAUUGAGGUUAGGGUUUUAGGGUUUUGUAGAUAUGAUCAAACAGAUAUUGGGUAAACUACCUCGAAAACCCUCAAAAUCAUCGCAUAAUGACUCGAACAAUGACGGAGGGGUCAAUGCCCUUUCUUCGUUGAACUCUUUUUCUGUUAAUAGCUCGAAACCCACUCCAGCUUCUUCGAAAUCUUCAAAUAAUGGGAGUCUUGCCUCUCACUCUACACCUGUAAACAAAUCGAAUCAAGGGAAAAAAUCAGCAACCGUUGCGGCCCAAGUGGGUCCUGUGUUGGCUUCUUCGGUGGUAUAUGAGGCUUUGCCGAGUUUUCGAGAUGUUUCGAGCUCGGAAAAGCAGAACCUCUUUAUCAGGAAACUGAAUAUGUGUGCUGUUCUCUUCGAUUUCAAUGAUUCUGCAAAGAAUCUUAAAGAGAAGGAUGUCAAGCGGCAAACUUUGGUGGAGCUCGUUGAUUAUGCUUCAGCGGUAACUUCGAAGUUCAAUGAGGUGGCAAUGCAGGCGAUCACGAAGAUGGUGGCAGCCAAUUUGUUUCGAACACUCCCAUCUCCAAAUCAUGAUGGUAAAGUUCCAGAAAUGUAUGACCCAGAAGAGGAGGAACCGACCAUGGAUCCUGCUUGGCCUCAUCUUCAGAUAGUGUAUGAAUUUUUAUUAAGAUUUGUAGGUUCACCGGAGACAGAUGCCAAACUUGCUAAAAGAUAUAUCGACCAUUCGUUUGUGUUGAGAUUGCUUGAGUUGUUUGAUUCUGAGGACCAGAGAGAGAGGGAUUACUUAAAAACGAUUCUCCACCGCAUUUAUGGGAAGUUCAUGGUGCAUCGACCAUUCAUUAGGAAAGCUAUCAACAAUAUCUUCUAUCGUUUCAUUUUUGAGACAGAAAAGCACAAUGGGAUCGCAGAAUUGCUUGAAAUAUUGGGCAGUAUAAUUAAUGGAUUUGCUUUGCCUUUGAAGGAAGAGCACAAGCUGUUCCUUAUCCGCGCUUUGAUUCCCCUUCAUAAGCCAAAGUGUGUAUCUUUGUACCAUCAGCAACUUUCAUAUUGCAUUACUCAGUUUGUGGAGAAAGAUGCCAAGCUUGCUGAUACUGUGAUUCGUGGUCUUUUAAAGUAUUGGCCCAUAACUAAUAGUUCAAAGGAGGUUAUGUUCCUUGGUGAAUUGGAGGAGGUUCUUGAAGCCACACAGGGAGCAGAGUUCCAGCGCUGCAUGGUCCCGCUAUUCCGUCAAAUUGGUCGCUGCCUCAACAGCUCACAUUUUCAGGUUGCUGAACGUGCAUUGUUUUUGUGGAACAACGAUCACAUAAGAAAUUUAAUCACACAGAACCGUAAUGUGAUUCUGCCUAUAAUUUUGCCAGCUUUGGAGAGAAAUACACGGAGUCACUGGAACCAAGCUGUUCAGAGUUUGACAUUGAAUGUGAGGAAAAUAUUCUCGGAUGAAGAUCAAGCACUCUUUGAUGAGUGCUUGGUCAAAUUCCAAGAAAAUGAAGUCAAGGAGAGGGAGUCGCAGGAGAAGCGGGAAUCAACCUGGAAGCGAUUGGAAGAUGUUGCAGCCUCUAAGUUUAUAAGCAGUGAGGCCGUGCUUGUCUCAAGAUCUAUCUCUUCUACUGCCGUUGCUACUAGCCCAAAGCCCCGGGCUACUGCAGGUAGUUGAGCCACAGGACAUGCAUGUUGCUAGAGUUCAUCUUUCUCAGCUAUAGUUGAACAAAGCGAGUGGGCGGAACUCAGUUGGCGCAAUCUAGGGUUUUUUGGCAUCGCUUCCCUUGCGUUUCUUAUUAAAGUAUAACUGCUGAGAAGGAAAAGUGAAAGUUGGGUUUUGAUGAUAUUCUGGUUGGUCUUUUUGGGUUCUUGGCUCAUUCCUUCUAUCCUCUUCAGCAUGGAGGUGUUUGUGUAUCAUAAGGGAUUUGGUCAAUUGACGUAGUUGUUCGGAUUCCUACCUGAUUAAUAUUUUACUGUGCUAUGAUGCAAAACAUGGUUCUUUUUGUGCUAUAAGCCUGUGUAUUUUGUAGUCUGAGUUCUGUUUAUGUCAAACGUAUAUAUCAUCGUUCUUUCGAAAAUUUUAA